AGGGCCAUAUACUGCAUUCAGAGUCUCUCGUCAAAGCUACCAGUGACAGGAAACACUGGAGGAUUCUCACACAGGGCAGUAGUAAUGUACUUUAGUGUUACUUUUAUGCAGGUGUACCUCCGUUAUUAUUAAAAUUUUCUUUGGAUUCCAGAAAUUCACUGUUUUCCUGUUUCCCUCUCACCCGAAACAGAUCUGCAUACAUCUCAUUUGAAAAGAAGAAAAGCACAUAUUAUAUUUUUGAUACAGCGUGAAGCUCAGGACGCUGUUGACAAGACCCCACAUUGAACUUCUAAGCCUUGGACAGGCCCUGGUUCUUUCUGUGAUCUCAGCCUUGGAUUUCUCCUGGAAACAUCAUGUGAUGAUCUUGGGGUGAUGAUAAUGAUUUAAAGGUCUUCUGAGACAUGUGGGGGUAAGACAAAUCUCCGACAUCAUGUAUCUCUCCUCUCUAGGAAUGUUUACACCAUCUCCUACUGAGAAAAAGGGAGAAGCCAGCAGGCCAGAUAAGUAAGGACAGGUAAUGCCUUUUGUGACUUCAGCCACAUUUCUGCACCCAGUGCAUAUAAAUGAGGAGAUCAGCUGAGCUCUCAGUGGAGGCCCUUCCUGGUAAGAUGAAGUCCAUCUUCUUCAGCCUUUCUCUGCUCCUCCUUCUGGAGAAGCAAGCAGCCGGGAUAGGAAUCUAUGGUGAGUGCAGGGAGCCUCCUGGCAGAGAGGCGCUCAGGGAGAAUGUCCAUGAGGGUGUUCUGGCAGUGAGGAGAACCCUCCAUGGGGUGAUCUUCUUGAUGGACUCUGAGUCUUCUCCACCCACAUCCACAUGCCUGUGGGAACGUCAGUGGGUUGAUGGGGGAAAUUCUGGGAUAGACCUGAAAGGGAGCAGAAAACUUAACUCAGAUUCUUGUUAUCCAUUACCAGGUGGGACAAAAGGACACUUUCUAGUAAAAACAUCCCCACUCGUAUUUAUCGAUAAAGGCCAGUUCCUCUAUGGACACAGAGAAGAACAGGAAGAGGCCCCUGAAGAAAGCAUCCUUGUGCAAACUAAGCACCAUGUAUAUAGCCAGGAUGCUGACGCUGACACGGCAGAGGCUCACGGAUCACAAAAGCAGACAGGUUUGAAGGAAGACAUAGUGUGUGAUGAAGAAGAUGAGCUUGCCCAACAAAAGUCCCAGCUGAAAUCCCAGUCACAAAUAAAAUCCCAAACCCAAGUAAAAUCCCAUGAAGCCCAAGUGAAGUCCCAAACAGGGCAGCUAAAGACUGCAGGGCAGGUGAAAUCACAAACCAAGCUGAAAUCCCACGGAGCUUCUCUGAAGUUCUACAAAGCACCACUACAUCUCCAGAAAGACGUUUCUCAGCAGCAAAUCAAGGGCAGAGGAUAUGACCUGCAUCAAGACCUUCCCCAAGUGCGCCAACAGCAUGCAAAUGUUCACAGACUCAAAAGAAAGCUUGGCCAGUCCAGUAAAACGGUAGCAUUCUUACCCAUUAGACACCGCUUCCAACCCUAUCAUGGGUACUUUAUGCAAUUCCAAGAGCAUCUACAUGGCAGUGUUCAUCACACAAAAUCUUUCCACCAUGGUCCGGGAAUGUGCUACUGUCCAAAUGGAGGCUUAAUGCUAUACCAAGGCACCUUCACUGAGUAACACAUUCAUUAAUCUCUCAAGAAUUAAAACACGUGUAGAGGAGUCACCUGACCUGUGUGGACUGUGCGGUUCUUAAGAUGCUGACUGCCCUGUGGUCCUCAACACCUUGCACGGAUGCCAUGACCCACUCACACAUUCCUUCCAGAGAGACUUUCUAAAGUUGGAGCAACUUCACGCAGGUGCCCUCCAAUAAACAGAGCCUUCCUGACAUCAUUUGCUUUUUUAAAAAAUGUUUUUCAUUUGAAAUAGAAUCAUAUCCCUUUCCCUGUUUUUCUUCUCUUCAACCCCUCCCCAGCAUCCUUUUCUGUCUUCUCCACAGUUCCCAGCUCUGAAGUUCGUAACAUCUCUGUUUUUGAGUGUCGUUUUUAAAUACCUAUAUAUGUAUGUAUAUUCAUAAAUAUAUAAGUACAACUU